UCAGAAAACGAGUCUUGGAACAUUGUUGUCUGCUUCAGUUUGUAGUCUUUGGUCUUUGGUGUUGCACAUGGGGUCUAGCCGAUCUUCGAAAUUCUCCGAAAGGGAGAAAUCUCUUCUCAAUGACCUGGUUAAGGGUAAAGGACUGUCCAUCACGAAGGGCAAGAAAAUGAAAAAAUCCAAGCGUCAUAAACAGAGGGAAGCUUGGGAGAAGAUUGCAGUCGACUUCAACGCAGCAGGAAUUGGAAAAUUUCGGACUUCAUGUGAUCUGAAACAUUUGUGGAUAAGUACAGACACAAAUUCCACGAAACGCUGCGCUCUACAAGAACACGGGUCCCAGGAUGCACAUGGGAUCAGGCUGAGUGUAGAAUCGGGUCAGGCGCUGGAAGAUAAAUCCAAACUCCCUCUUCAUACUGAUGAAUGCGGGUCCCAGGACGCACCAGGGAUCAGGCCGAAUAAAGAGAUAAGUCAGGACCUGGCAAAUAAAGCCAAUCUCCCUCACACUGAUGGAAUCAUUGGCAGCCAUCUCUUCCGUGCUGGUGUGUCAGUGGACUCUGAAGAUGGCCAGCAGACUUUUGCUGAAGUUCCUGUGCAACCUUUUACUGCCGAUGAAGAACUUGCUGCCACCGACACUAAUAUUGAUACGAAAGUGGGAAUCGUCUCUCCUCCAGUGGAAAGCAAGUUAUGGCAGGCUCAGCUAAAGAUGUUGGAGACACAGGCCAGGAUAGAACAUGCUCAGUUGAAAAGUCUAGAAAGACAGGCCAGAAUAGAGGAGGCUCAGUUGCAGAUCUUAAAAAGACAAUCCAAAAUAGAAGAGGCCCAAUUAAGAUGCUUGGAGAGGCAGGCCGAGUUAAAUGAAGCCAAAUUAAAGGUUCACGAUAAAAAAGCAAAAAUAGAGGAAACCCAUUUGUGGAACUUGGAGAGACAGGCCAAUAUUGACGAGUCUCAAUUUAAAAAUAUACAGAGUCAGACUAAAAUAGAGGAAGCCAAAUCAAGGAUCCUGGAGGGGCAGGUUGAUACGGAUGCCCUUUUGCAGAAGAUCAGCCAACAUGUUUAAGUAAUCGCAAGCUACUGUGAAGUUCAAUCUUCCAAUAAACCAGUCUGAGAACA